GUCAUUUGGCGGGACAUAUGUCAAGAGUAGUGUGUCCUCUCCACUCGCGGAUUUUUUGAUACUGCAGCAAUAUAUGUCAAGAGUAGUGUGUCCUCUCCACUCGCGGAUUUUUUGAUACUGCAGCAAUAUAUGUCAAGAGUAGUGUGUCCUCUCCACUCGCGGAUUUUUUGAUAGCCUACUGCAGCAGUGAAUCAACAUUAAACAACAUGCCUGCGACUUCAGACAUCCACCUUUCUACCACUACGGACAGCGGGAAGACGGACGCGCUUGCACAGAAAGACGGAGAGAAGAAGAGCCUGGAGAAAGCGGCUUUCUCCUUGUUCUGUGAUGAGCGCGGAUAUCUGAGCCAGAUUGAGUACAUUCUGCAGAACGGGUUUCGGAAAGGCGAUCGGACUGGAACCGGAGUCAUUUCGGUGUUCGGCGCACAGUCUAGAUACAGUCUACGGGACCAGUUUCCUUUGCUGACGACAAAGCGUGUAUUCUGGAAGGCCAUCGUGGAGGAGCUGCUGUGGUUUAUUAAAGGCUCCACCAACGCCAAGGAGCUGUCGGAGAAGGGUGUGAAGAUCUGGGACGCCAACGGCUCACGCCAAUUCCUGGACCGCAACGGAUUCCAGCAGCGUGAGGAGGGAGACCUGGGGCCCGUCUACGGCUUUCAGUGGAGACACUACGGAGCAGAAUACACACACAUGCACGCAGACUACACAGGGAAAGGGGUAGACCAGCUGCAGAAGGUGAUUGACACCAUCAGAGCCAAUCCAGAGGACCGGAGAAUCAUCAUGUGCGCGUGGAACCCCAAAGAUCUGCCUCUGAUGGCGUUGCCCCCGUGCCAUGCGUUGUGCCAGUUCUACGUGUGUGAGGGGGAGUUGUCAUGCCAACUGUACCAGCGCUCAGGAGACAUGGGGCUCGGGGUGCCCUUCAACAUCGCCAGCUACGCCCUGCUCACCUACAUGAUCGCCCACAUCACCGGCCUCAAGCCUGGUGAUUUCGUUCACACUUUGGGUGAUGCUCACAUCUACAGCAAUCACGUGGAGCCCCUCAAGGAACAGCUGAAAAGGGAGCCUCGCCCGUUCCCCAAGCUUCAGAUCCGUCGUGAGGUGCAGACCAUCGACGACUUCCGCGCUGACGACUUUGAGAUUCUCGACUACAACCCUCACCCCACUAUCAAGAUGCAGAUGGCUGUUUGAACGUUCACACAAGAAAGCUUGUAUAUUACACACACACAAAAAAAAGCACGUGUGUGUACACACACACUCACACUCUUGUCUUAAACCCUGUUCUAUUUCCCUACCCUGAUGCCCGCCCCAAUGCUGUUCAGCUUACGCAGUUAGCAUCUAUUGUAAAUAGGAGUCAAAUAGUUGUUAUGGUAUUUUAAAAUGUUAAUGUUAUAGUUGAUAUGGUAUUUUAGAAUGUAAAUGUUGUUGCUAUGGUACUAUUCCAUUAAUAAAGAGGACUUUAUUGACAGAA